AUGGAGCUCCCUCCACCAGCACCCUCCUCUCCAACAGCAGCCCAGUCACACACCAUGUGCCACCCCAGCUGCUCCUUGAGCUGCCAGCCGGCCUGCUGCCUGCCCAUGAGCUACAGGCCCUCUGUGUGUGCUGUCCCCUCCUGCCAGUCCUCUGUGUGUGCUGUCCCCUCCUGCCAGUCCUCCACGUGUGUGCCCGUGAGCGCUAAGCCAGCUGUCUGUGUACCCAUGAGCUGCAGGCCGUCUGUGUGUGUGGCCCCCUCCUGCCAACCCUCAUGGUGCUGCCAGCCCUCUUGCCCCACUCUCCUCUGCAGCCACGGCCCCUGCAGUGCCCCUUCCUGCUGCUGA